AAUUAUUCUUCUUCUUUGUUUUUUUACUUUGCCUUACGGGUCUUCGUCAACGGUCAGUGAAAUUUAAAUAUAAAAAUUAAUGACUAGCAAAAUUGCUACAACUCAUCCAUUUCGUCAACUACUUGAGGUCUCCGAUAGUAUAUUGUUGUCAAGCAAGGAAGUAUUGCAGUACCAGUCAUUCCCAACUCCUUAUCUUGCAUAUCGAGUUGCCAAUAUUAGUAAUUACACAGAAGCUGCUAAGAAGUUCCAGUAUCAAUGGAAGGAACCAAUUUGCACAAUUCGACGGCAGUUCUUCGUAUACAUGGAGACGAAGGAGCGGAAAUGGUAAAGCGAAUUAAUGCUGUUGCUCCAUCAAUAAAUGGAACUGCAAAUGCUAUCCACAUUAAUGAUAUAUCUUCAGCUCAACCACGUUACUCUUCUUCUGAUCAUUUGCUCAGAAACAAUCAAGAAGUUAGAAGAAUGUACUUGGCGUUUGGUGUACCUCUUUAUAAAGCUGCAUUAAAAGGUGAAUGGGAAAUUGCAAAUGCAAUUCUAACGAAGGAUCCGAGACUGUUAACUGCAAGUAUCUGUAAAGGAGGCCAAAAUGUCCUCCACUUCGCUGCUGGAACAAAGCACGUCCACUUCGUGGAGAAGUUGGUGGAAGUGAUGACAGAGGAAGAGUUAGAGCUCACAGACAAGAAAGGGAACACAGCUUUUUGUUCGGCCGUGGCUACAGGGGCCGUACAAGUGGCUACGAUCAUGCUCCUGAAGAACCCACGUUUGGCAACAAUUAGAGGUGGAGGUAAUGAAAGGGUGACACCACUCUAUUUGGCAGCCAUAUUUGGACGCUCCGAAAUGGCGUGGUGCCUGUACCCGAAAACUCAGGAAAGUCUUGAAGAGAAGGACCGUAUUGGGAUUUUUUUUAGUUGCAUCGGCACUAGCAUCUAUGACUUAGCAAUUGAAAUGCUUCAAGAUGAGCCCACGCUAGCUGUUGCCCGGGAUAAGGAUAAUAAGACAGCUUUGCAUCUCUUGGCUUCAACUCCGUCAGCCUUCGAUAACCAAAGUUCAACUGGGUGGAGCAAACUCAUCAAAUCAUGUAUUAAUGUUUCAGCUCGGAGUUUUAACAUUGGAUUUGAAAGAAACUUAAAGCAGUCUAAAGCCCUAGAGCUUGUUAAAUGUCUAUGGGGGCAUGCUUUGGAUGAUGGGGAUGACAAAGUUAUGGACCUUAUCAGUUAUCCUUCGGAGCUGCUGUUCGAUGCUACAAAAUGCGGAAAUUUUGAGUUUCUAGCAGCACUUAUCAGUUCUUAUCCUGACUUGUUAUGGGAAGUUGAUAAGGAGAAUAGAAGUAUAAUUCAUAUUGCUGUCUUAUAUCGUCACGCAAACAUUUACAAUCUCAUUCAUGAGAUUGGCUCAAUUAAAGAUCUUCUUGCUACCUAUGAUGAUGAUCAGAACAACAAUCUAUUGCAUUUGGCUGCAAGGCUACCCCCUCCGGAACGACUAAACACUGUAUCAGGACCAGCUCUACAAAUGCAGAAAGAAUUAUUGUGGUUUGAGGAGGUGAAAAAAAUUGUGCAACCUUCUUAUAUGAAGGCCAAAAAUAAGCAAGGUGAAUGCCCUGAAGAAUUAUUUUGUAAGGAGCAUAAGAGAUUGUUGAGAGAAGGUGAGACAUGGAUGAAACAUACAGCAAAUUCAUGUAUGCUUGUGGCAACCCUAAUUGCUACUGUAGUUUUUGCAGCAGCAUUUAGUUUACCAGGAGGUAACAAUGACAAAGGGUCUCCAAAUGAUCUUGCAAGUACCUCAUUUCUAAUCUUUGUCUUGUCCGAUGGAUUGGCACUAUUGAACUCAAUAGUUUCAAUGGUAAUGUUCUUAUCGAUCCUCAUAUCUCGCUACACAGAAUAUGACUUUCUCAUAAGGUUGCCAUUGAAGCUUAUUAUUGGACUAACAUCACUCUUUUUCUCAAUGAUAACCAUGAUGAUAUCCUUUAGUUUAGCGUUUGUAAUAGCUUAUGAUCAUGGGAUAAAAUGGGUCCCUUUAUUGAUUUCUAUGCUUGCGAUUGUUCCAAUUGCUUUAUUUGCUAUUCUGAAAUUUCCCCUAGUGCUUGACACUUUCAGCUCAACAUAUUGUUCAGGGACACUUUUUCAACCAAGACACAUGUUGAACUAGAAAUGUUGAAAAUAUUCACAUCUUCUAUUGGGUAGUUAUGUACUAUUUGAGUUCCAAAUAAACAUGAGGUUGCUGCCAUUAAUAAUGUUGUACAUAAAUAUCGAAAUUUGGUCUUUA